AGAAACAGGAAUCCAUCGUCACCAUCGCCAAAGGAAGCAUUUCCCGCCUCAUUGUUCCCAAUGUCUCUUCAAAUUUUCGGAACCCACAAACGACCAGCUGCCUGUGGACACGAGAUCAAGCUCUGACCCUCUUUCCAUUUCAGCAAAUCACUUCCGGGGUUCCCCAGUCCUUCCGUCCAAUUCUCUUUCCAGUGAUUUCCCGGUUCGCCGAAACCCUAGCGCCAGUUUCUGGUUCUACUAUCGUCUUGCUCAGUCCACGGCUUACGGUUUUGAAUUGAAGUCGAAAUGCACAUCAAAGAAAUAUGCUUGGAGGGCUUCAAGUCUUACGCGACGAGGACGGUGGUGUCCGGCUUCGAUCCUUACUUCAACGCCAUCACCGGCCUUAACGGCUCCGGCAAAUCCAACAUCCUCGAUUCCAUUUGCUUCGUUUUGGGCAUCACGAACUUGCAGCAGGUUCGGGCCUCGAACCUUCAGGAGCUUGUCUAUAAGCAAGGCCAAGCCGGGAUUACCAAGGCCACUGUCUCGAUUGUGUUUGACAAUUCGGAUAGAAGUCGAAGUCCUCUUGGGUACGAGGACUGCCCUGAAUUCACGGUGACCCGUCAGAUUGUGGUUGGUGGAAGGAACAAAUACUUAAUAAAUGGGCAUCUUGCGCAGCCUAGUCGAGUUCAGAAUCUUUUCCAUUCUGUGCAGCUUAAUGUCAAUAACCCACAUUUUCUCAUAAUGCAAGGUCGCAUUACCAAGGUCCUUAAUAUGAAACCCCCUGAAAUCUUAUCCAUGCUUGAAGAGGCUGCUGGGACAAGAAUGUAUGAAACAAAGAAAGAAGCUGCUUUAAAAACGCUUGAGAAAAAACAGAGCAAGGUGGAUGAGAUCGAUAAACUUCUUGACCAGGAAAUUCUUCCAGCUUUGGAGAAGUUGAGGAAGGAGCGGAUGCAAUACAUGCAAUGGGCUAAUGGAAAUGCAGAACUGGAUCGACUGAAUAGAUUUUGUGUUGCUUAUGCAUAUGUUCAGGCAGAGAAGAUUAGGGACACUGCAAUUCACAGUGUACAGGAAAUAAAGGGCAAGAUAUCUGAGAUUGAUGAUAACACAGAAAGGAUGUGCACAGAAGCAAAGGAGAUGGAAACUAAAGUCUCAAAAUUGACAGCUGAAAAAGAAGCAAGCAUGGGUGGUGAAGUAAAAAUUUUAUCAGAAAAAGUAGAUGCUCUUUCUCAUGAUCUUGUGAAGGAAUCUUCUGUACUGAAAAAUCAAGAGGAAAGUUUGAACACUGAGAAAGAAAAUGCUGAAAAGAUUGCAAGAAGCAUUGAAGAAUUAAAGCAUUCUGUAGAAGAGAAGGCCCAUGCAGUAAAAAAUGCCGAAGAUGGUGCAGCUGACUUGAAAAACAGAGUUGAAGAACUUCAUAAGAAUUUAGAAGAAGAUGAAAAGGAUUAUCAGGGUGUCCUAGCUGGAAAGAGCAGCGGAAAUGAGGAUAAAUGUCUUGAAGAUCAACUAGGUGAUGCCAAAGUUGCAGUUGGAAAUGCUGAAACAGAAUUGAAACAACUGAAAACAAAAAUUAACCAUGCUGAGAAAGAGCUGAAAGAGAAGACACAACAGUUAUUAUCAAAGCGUGAAGAAGCUGUUGCUGUAGAACAUGAGUUCAAUGUGAGGAGAAAAGAAGUAGAAACUAUUAAAUUGGCUUUGGAAUCUCUUGCAUAUGAAGAGGGGCAAAUGGAAGCUUUACAAAAGGAUCAUGCAGCUGAGCUAGAGAUGGUGCAGAAAUUAAAAGAGGAAACUCGAAUUCUCUCAGCACAAUUGGCAAAUGUGGAUUUCACAUACCGUGAUCCUGUGAGCAAUUUUGAUAGGUCAAGGGUGAAAGGUGUUGUUGCUAAACUUAUUAAAGUGAAGGAUGGCUCUGCUAUGACUGCCCUAGAGGUUACUGCAGGUGGAAAGUUGUUUAAUAUUGUAGUCGACACAGAAAAUACUGGAAAACAACUGCUUCAAAAUGGGAAUCUCCGAAGAAGAGUUACAAUUAUACCUCUGAACAAAAUUCAAUCCCAUCCUAUUGCUCCUAGAUUGCAAAAUGCUGCUGCUAGAUUGGUCGGCAAGGGAAAUGCAGAAGUUGCACUCACUUUGAUUGGAUAUGACCAGGAACUGAAGAGUGCUAUGGAAUAUGUAUUUGGUUCAACCUUUGUUUGCAAAAAUGUUGACGCAGCAAGAGAGGUUGCUUUUAAUAGGGAAAUUGGCACCCCAAGUGUGACUCUUGAGGGUGAUAUAUUUCAGCCGAGUGGACUCCUGACUGGUGGAAGUCGCAAGGGUGGUGGUGAUCUGUUAAAGCAACUUCAUGCUUUGGCAGAGGCUGAAUCUGAACUGUCUAUUCAUCACAAGAAGUUAUCUGAAAUUGAAGCCAAGAUCUCUAAGCUUCUUCCUGUUCAAAAAAAGUUUGGAGACCUUAAGGGACAGUUGGAGCUGAAGUCUUAUGAUCUUUCGUUAUUCCAAAGUAGAGCUGAGCAGAAUGAACAUCACAAGCUAAGUGAGCUUGUAAAGAGGAUUGAGCAGGAACUUCUAGAAGCAAAAGCUGCUGCCCACGAAAAGCAACAUCUGUAUGAAAAAUGUGUCACUGCAGUGUCAUUGCUUGAAGAAUCAAUCCAUGAUCAUGCUAAUAAUCGAGGCAAGAGGCUUAAAGAUCUAGAGAAAAAGAUCAAGACAAUAAAAGCUCAAUUGCAGUCAGCAUCCAAGGAACUCAAGGGUCAUGAAAAUGAGAAGGAGAGGCUGUUAAUGGAAAUGGAAGCUGUCAAACAGGAGUGUGCAGCCUUGGAGGUUCAAUUAGUUUCUGUGCAGACACAUAUUAACAGUCUUACUUCAGAAGUAGAUGGACAUAGAACCAAGAUUGCUUCCAUAAGAAAUGCUCAUGACCAGGCAGAGUCUGAACUUGAUCUAUUUCGUUCAAAGAUCAAGGAGUGUGAUACAAAGAUUAGUUGCAUUAUUGUGGAGCAGCAGGUGUUGCAACGAAAAAUUACUGAAACUAACAUUGAGAGGAAGAAAAUGGAAAAUGAGGUAAAACGGGUGGAGCUGGAACAGAAAGAUUGCUCCUCAAAGGUUGAAAAACUAAUAGAAAAACAUGCUUGGAUAGCAUCUGAGAAACAUCUCUUUGGAUGUAGUGGGACAGAUUAUGACUUUGAAUCCUGUGAUCCUCGUAAAUCCAGGGAAGAUUUUGAAAAAUUACAAGCUGAACAAUCAAGCCUUGAGAAGCGAGUUAACAAGAAAGUCACAGCAAUGUUUGAGAAAGCAGAAGAUGAGUACAAUGAUUUAAUAUCCAAGAAGAACAUAAUCGAGAAUGAUAAAUCAAAAAUCAAGAUGGUGAUUGAAGAGCUCGACGAGAAAAAGAAAGAAACACUGAAAGUUACUUGGACUAAGGUUAACAAUGAUUUUGGAUCCAUAUUUUCUACCCUAUUACCUGGGACAAUGGCGAAACUAGAACCUCAUGAGGGAAGUAGCUUCUUGGAUGGCCUUGAGGUUCGUGUUGCAUUCGGGGGUGUUUGGAAACAGUCCUUAUCAGAACUUAGUGGUGGACAAAGAUCUUUACUUGCACUUUCUCUCAUCCUGGCAUUGCUUCUCUUCAAACCAGCUCCACUUUAUAUACUGGAUGAGGUUGAUGCAGCUCUUGAUCUAAGCCACACACAGAACAUUGGAAGAAUGAUCAAAACCCACUUUCCACAUUCACAGUUUAUUGUGGUUUCUUUGAAAGAAGGCAUGUUCAAUAAUGCUAAUGUUCUUUUCCGGACCAAGUUUGUGGAUGGUGUUUCAACCGUGCAGAGAACAGUGGCAUCUAAGUCAACUAAGUGAUUGAUUAUGUAAGGAUAAUUCUUAAACUGAUUGUAGCAUUUCAUCUUCAUUGAUUCAGAGCUUCAGGCGCCUCUGCAUUGAUUCUAAGCUGCUGGCGUCAAUCAAUUCCUGGGUAACCAUUGGCCUCUUGUUAUAUGUAUAUUGUGUGUGCAUGUACAUGUAUGUAUUAGUAGGCAUUUUAAAUAUCAGGAUCUUCUUCUAUGUAUUCUCAUUCUGUGAUUUAAUGUCUGUCCUAAUGAUGUAAUUUGCGCCCAGUAUUUGUGGUCGCUCUGCAGCUUCCCCAUCAUCUACUCCAUGUAGAUCUCUUCCGGGAAAGCACUUUAGGCAAUGUUGUUGGCUUAAACUUAAAAAUCAUAUAUUACUACAAGCUCUGAACUGUC